GUCUCAGGCGAUGCGGGAGGCGGUGGAGGAGGUGCGGCAGGAGGAGGGGGAGGGGGAUGGCCAGGAGGAGCGGCCCGGGGACGCGCCGUCAUCGACGGACAACCCGGGGGACGCGCAGCCGGGCGGGAAGGUGCCCUCGCCGUAGACGGCGACAUCUCGCCAUCACGUGGGCGCGUCCGAUCGCGUCUCCUUCUUGCUUCCUUCUCUCAUCUCAUCUCACUGUCAACUAAUACGGGCUACAAAUACAUCUUGCUUAAUGAACCUCGACGUCUCGAACACUCGCGAACCGUCGACAGCUGCUGCGGGCUCGUCGACCUCGCCGUCGACACAACCGCAGACUGCGCCCGAACUUCCCCUUCCAAAGACUGCUUUUUACUCGGUAGAGUACCCCGGCUACGUGCAGGACUCGUCUGUUCCGACCGCUGUGCGCGCACUUGGGGGCGCACAAGCUCUGGAUACCGCCUUCAAACGCGCGAUCGGCAAGCAAGAGUCUCUAGUUGAACUCAAACUCCAGCCCGACAAUCCCUUCGCGCACCCUGUCGCCGGCGAGGUCGUGCAAACGAACAAUCUGCUGCUCAAGGUGACCAAACGCAAACGCGUCCGGCGUAAUGGCGUACCGCUGGCUCAGCCCGAGUGGGAGUACAAGGCGGAGAUAGCUGGUGUGGUACCAAGGACGGUGCGGUUCCGGGGCAUGGCGGACUACCAGUACCAGCCAGACACAAAUGAUCCUAUAUCUCGUCUCCGUGUCGCGAUGGACAAAAUGGACGUCGAGGCUCUCUUCUCGUAUCGCGUCCCCAAAGAAGAUGGCAGCCCAAUCACACCAGCCCCUUCAUCAACUCAACCGCCUACACCCUCUCGCCCCGCUCCGCCAACCUCAGCCACACCUCGCGCGCCUCUCCCCCUUCCGCCCCCGCACGACAUCCCGCUUGACCCCGCACUCGCAUUUCCCCUCGAUCCCCAACUCGCCGCACAGACCCCCUCGCGCCGCAACAGUGCGCUGCCCGGCAGCUCCCAGUCGUUCAAUCUCGACGUCGAAAUGGCAGCGCCGGAUUCCGAACUGCCGGAAUCUUCCCCAGCGAGCGGCCUGCGCAUGUUCCCCCCGCCGUUGUUCAGUCGGCAGGCGAUUCCGUUGAUGUAUAACCUAAAAGCCAACCCCUCGUCCAUCGUGUCCACUACCGUGGAUGAGAUGACUGGCGAGGAGAAGAAAAGGCUUGUCAACCGCUUCCGCUGGAAAGGAUACGGUCCGGCGACCAUCAUGUUCACGGAUGCGAAUGUCCCCGACAAACCACCCGCCGUGGUGGAAGAGGCGCGCAGUACCGUCAACCAGGAUCUGCUCGCUCGUGUUGCGGCGCAAUUCGAACAACGCAAAGUCUGGACGCGACUCUCGCUGUACAACCAGUUCAGCCCCGCGGAAGCGCGCGAGAUACACAACUCAAAACUUCUUCUUCCUCUGACCUGCUACGUCUUCCAAGACGGCCCCUUCCGGGACACCCUCGUCAAGUUUAGCUACGAUCCUCGCAAGGAUAUCAAUGGGCGGUUCUUCCAGCGCUUCUACUUCCGCAACGCCAACCACCCCAUCGUGCGCCCCUCCGUCACCGCCCGGCGCGCAGAUCGCAGCACGUCCAUCGCGCGCCUCGACGCGGAGGCGGACUCGCCUGACCGCAGGCGCUCGCAUAUAUUCGACGGGAAGACCAUCGCGAAGGAGACCGCGGCGUUCCAGCUGUGCGAUAUCGAGGACCCGAUGCUGAAAGGCAUGAUCGAGGACGCGGAGGAGCUGAGGGAGGUGUGCGAUGACCGGGACGGGUGGUAUACGACGCACGCGCUGGAGAGGAUCAAGAUGGUGCUGAGGCACAAGUUCUUCUCGUUGUUGGAGGGGCAUGUGGCGUCGGAUGAGGAAUGCUGGGCCCUGCUCGAGAAGUCGGAGGGACACGCGUCCUACGAAACGCGCUACGUCAAGAGGCACGGCAAGCACAACAUGGCCAAGGGCGCGAUGCGGCCAGAGGAUGCGGCGGCCAUGCGCUUGCGCGCGAUCCUGGACAAGAAUGCGAAGGAGUUCCAAGAGCAGUUCAGGCAAGGACAAUCGCUCGGAUAAAGAAAAUGAAGCGCAAUGUCGUAUACCUCUUGUACUGAUGAGCCUGUUGACGUAUAUCGCGCGUGAAGACAGCGUUCACGAUUCGCACACGGUAGUGGAUCU